GGACGCUGCUGAGUCGAAGCGAGCGCAGCCCGGCCACCGGAUCUACUCUCUCGCCUGGCUGAUUGUCUAUUUUUAUAAGAGUUUGCAACUUUUCUAUUAACUUUUGUAUAUACAAAGGAACUUUUUUAAAGGACGUCUACCGUUUAUAUCUAACCCAAAGAAGAAGGAUCUCGGGCAGUUUGGGGUUUGGGGUUUCGGCUUCGUUUCCACGUUUUUUUUCCGUCUUCGUUGACUUCGGGGUCCGGGUACCCCGCUGCUUCGGGUUCCCAAGGACCCUCUGGGCCCCCACAUUAAUGAGGCAGCCACCUGGCGAGUCUGACAUGGCUGUCAGCGACGCGCUGCUCCCGUCCUUCUCCACGUUCGCGUCCGGUCCGGCGGGAAGAGAGAAGACGCUGCGUCCAGCAGGUGCCCCGAAUAACCGCUGGCGGGAGGAGCUCUCCCACAUGAAGCGACUUCCCCCGGUGCUUCCUGGCCGCCCCUACGACCUGGCGGUGGCCACCGUGGCCACGGACCUGGAGGGCGGCGCCGCCGGCGCGGCUUGCGGUGGUAGCAAUCCGGCGCUCCUACCCCGGAGGGAGACGGAGGACUUACAGGAACUCCUGGACCUGGACUUUAUCCUCUCCAACUCACUGUCCCAUCAGGACUCGGUGGCCGCCACCGUGUCCUCGUCGGCGUCGGUCUCAUCCUCGUCCUCCCCGUCGAGCAGCGGCCCGGCCAGCGCGCCCUCCACCUGCAGCUUCAGCUAUCCGAUCCGGGCCGGGGGUGACCCGGGCGUAGCGCCGGGGGGCGCGGGCGGAGGCCUCCUCUAUGGCCGGGAGUCUGUGCCCGCUCCGACAGCGCCCUUCAACCUGGCGGACAUCAACGACGUGAGCCCCUCGGGCGGCUUUGUGGCCGAGCUCCUGCGGCCCGAGUUGGACCCGGUGUACAUUCCGCCGCAGCAGCCGCCGCCGCCAGGUGGCGGACUGAUGGGCAAGUUUGUGCUGAAGGCGUCGCUGAGCGCCCCCGGCAGCGAGUACGGCAGCCCGUCGGUCAUCAGUGUUAGCAAAGGCAGCCCUGACGGCAGCCACCCGGUGGUGGUGGCGCCCUACAGCGGCGGGCCGCCGCGCAUGUGCCCCAAGAUCAAGCAGGAGGCGGUCUCCUCGUGCACCCACUUGGGCGCUGGACCCCCUCUCAGCAACGGCCACCGGCCCACUGCGCACGACUUCCCCCUGGGGCGGCAGCUCCCCAGCAGGACUACCCCGACCCUGGGUCCCGAAGAACUGCUGAACAGCAGGGACUGUCACCCGGCCCUGCCGCUUCCCCCAGGCUUCCAUCCCCACCCCGGGCCCAACUAUCCACCUUUCCUACCCGACCAGAUGCAGCCGCAGGUCCCGCCGCUCCAUUACCAAGAGCUCAUGCCACCGGGUUCCUGCAUGCCGGAGGAGCCCAAGCCAAAGAGGGGAAGAAGAUCGUGGCCCCGGAAAAGGACCGCCACCCACACUUGUGAUUAUGCGGGCUGCGGCAAAACUUACACAAAGAGUUCUCAUCUCAAGGCACACCUGCGAACCCACACAGGUGAGAAACCUUACCACUGUGACUGGGACGGCUGUGGGUGGAAAUUUGCCCGCUCAGAUGAACUGACCAGGCACUACCGUAAACACACCGGGCACCGCCCGUUCCAGUGCCAGAAAUGCGACCGGGCGUUUUCCAGGUCGGACCACCUUGCCUUACACAUGAAGAGGCAUUUUUAAAUCCCAAACAGUGGAUACGACCCACACUGCCAGAAGAGAAUGCAGUAUUUUUAAAAUUUUUCACACUGUCUUCCUGAUGAAGGGAAGAGCCUAGCUGAAAAGCACUACAAUCAUGG